CCCUCACACGCCGAGAGAUUUCCGCAACAAUGAUGGCGGGGUGCAGCUGGUGGCGAACGAAGGGCAGUGGGAGCUCCUGAGAGGCGGGAGCGCUUCCCUCCCCCGCCUCUGUGUGUGCGUCCCGACGGGGAGCUGAGCCCCGGGAGAAGGGGCGCAGAGGCAACAGCCGCGGAGCACCCCGGCUCAGCAUGUUCCCCGCCUCCCUGGUGCGGGGCUGCGGGCGGCUACGGGCCCCGCUGGGCCGGUGGCUGCUGGCGGGGUCAUGCGUCAGGUGGCGGCCGCAGCCCCGCGGCGGGCAGCGGGCUGUGAGCCCCGCUGGGCUCCGGCCAGGAGCUGCCAUCUGCACGCGGGCGGGGGGGCUGAGAGCCGGGAAACCCGGCGGGGACGGCAAGCACGUGUCGGUGCGGACAGAUCAGAAAGAAGAAACCCUUCUGUCCACUGUUGAGCGAGUGAAAGAAGCUGGAAGAGACUUUACCUACUUGAUUGUGGUGCUUGUUGGAAUUGGUGUUACAGGUGGUUUGUUCUAUGUGAUUUUUAAAGAGCUAUUCUCUUCUUCCAGUCCAAGUAAGAUCUACGGAAAUGCCUUAGAGAAAUGCAGAUCUCAUCCUGAGGUAAUUGGUGUUUUUGGUGAACCCAUUAAAGGUUAUGGAGAGGCAACACGAAGAGGAAGACGACAGUUUGUCAGUCACAUUGAAUACGUGAAGGAUGGACUGAAACAUAUGCGCUUGAAGUUCUAUAUUGAGGGCUCUGAACCAGGAAAGCAGGGCACAGUCCAUGUGGAAGUCAAAGAGAAUCCCGAGACAGGAAGAUUUGAUGUCCGUUACAUAUUUGUGGAUGUUGAUUCCUAUCCUAGAAGAACCAUUGUCAUAGAAGACAACAGAUAGCCAACGAUCAAAGUUGCUGCCUCACCUUACGGAGUAUUUAAUGAUACUGGUGUAGCCAGUCUACACAUGAAUUGUUUAGUGUUCUCAAUCAUACCUUUGGGGCUUUCUAUCUAUGCAGCUUGGGGUUUUGUAACAGGAAGUAACCUCUCAGGGCCUCCAUUAAAGUUCAUAACAGACCCAGCAUUUGAGGAUAAACCAAUGAAAAACAGUGCAGCCAUUUCUUAGGGAAAUACUUAUGACAUAGGAAAAUGUCUCUUAAUAAACUGUUCAAUGCUGGACAGUGUUUCUACACCUAAUAACUGAGGGCUAGGUGGGGAGUUUAUCUUCCUUCGCUUGGAUUUUCUACUAGCUCAACAAUAAAGAAAGUGAUAUUUUAAAUGUAGAGAAACUCACUGUUUUCAUUCUAGAUACCUUUAAGAACGUGUGUUAGUGAUGCAAAGGAGAUCUAGCUCAAAUGCAUCUAAUAAUAUGAAUUGUGGAGACCUACAUCCAUGGCAAAUGACUGAACAAAGACUUCAGAGUUGGUAUCUUCUAAAUAAACAGCACCUGUACUAUCUGCUCCUAUCAAGGUCUGCCACUCUGUUUCACUAUGUAAUAAUGGCAGUGAUGUAGCUGAUCAGCACUGCCAACAGUUUUUCCAUUAACAUCACUAAUCUACAUCUUCCAGGAAUUUAAUCCAUGUAGUUUUAUCCCAAAUGAAAAACACAGAUCAUGACUAAAUUUAUCACUUGUGUUUCUUCAUUAGUGCCACAUGGCAGUUACCAAGCAUAAUCUUCUGUAUUAAUCAUAGAAUGGCUUGAGUUGGAAGGGAUUUCAAGGAUCAUCAAGCUCCAACUCCCCUACUUCCAUCUCCAUAUCCAAUACUAGACCAGGCUGCCCAGGGCCCCAUCCAAUCUGGCCUUGAACACCUCCAGGGACAGAGCAUCUACAACCUCUCCAGGCAGCCUCUUCCAGCACCUCACUACUCUCACAGUAAAGAACUUUCCCCUGAUACCCAUCCUAAAUCUUCCCUCCCUCAACUUAAAACCAUUUCCCCUUGUCCUGCCAUUAUUUAGCCUUGUAAAGAGUUGACUCCACUACGGUUUGUAGGCCCCCUUUAGUACUGGAAGGCUGCAAUGACUUCACACCAAAGCCAUCUCCAGGCUGAAGAAGCCCAGCUCCCUCAGCCUGUCUUCGUAGAGUAGUGACCAGACCCACUUGUCCAUCAAGCAGCACCAUCCAAAAGCCAUCCAAAAACAUCGAAGCCUUAGCUUCCUACAACUGACCACUUUUGAACACCAACUAAUUCCUUUUUUUAACAUGCUCUGAGCUUUUCAGUUCACCAGUUAUUUGUCAGUAAAUAUGCUGAUGUUUAGUUAUCAGCCCUUAUAACUGGUUCUUUUAAUGGUAGGUUUGGAGUGCUCUAAACUUCAUACAUUUCCUUAUGCAAUACCACAAAUGUUGUAUGUAAUGCUUUACUGCCCUCCUGUUCAUCAGACUCCCAAUAAACUUGUCUGCACAGUCCAAACACAUAA